AAAUAUCAUGAGCUGGCCAAUCGUUUCCUAUUUUGUUUUGAUUCGUACCGAGGACAGUUAUCUGUCAUUUAUAUCGCCGGCCAUCACCUCCCGUUGUCUCCCUUGCUGAGGCCUAUAAAAACCGCUACCUCUUUCGUAUUCCAUUGUAUACAAAAGAGAAAAUCUCUCCCCACGUACUUUCUCUAUCUACAGUAAACCGCCGCCGCCUCCUCCUCCUCUUGCUUCUUCAUCUCUUCAAUAUGGUUACAGAAGGCAAGGAUGAGACGCUGGUUGUCCUUACGAAGCCGGUAUCGCUAGAGGGAGACUCCGAUGUUUAUCAAGCUCCUAAUCUCGUUCGACGGAUUUUAAGUCUAUUUAAAAAUGUACGCCCAGGAUCAGAUCUCACAAACUUUCAGUUGCCACCACUUUUCAACAUUCCAAAGUCACACCUCCAAUGUUAUGGUGAAUCUGUGUAUGCUGUGGGUGAAGAUUUGCUGCAUAAGUGCAACAGUGCAGAGAACUCACAAGAAAGAUUUAUAUCUGUAGUGGCAUGGAGCAUUUCUCUUACUCGUCCUACUAUCUUUGGUUGUGCACCUUACAACCCUAUUCUUGGAGAGACUCAUCAUGUCUCUAAGGGAAGCCUCAAUGUUCUGCUAGAGCAGGUUUCACAUCACCCGCCAGUUUCUGCACUGCAUGCAACGGAUGAGAAAGAAAACAUUGAGAUGAUUUGGUGCCACAAUCCAGUUCCUAAAUUCUAUGGGAUUAAAGUGGAAGCUGAAGUGCAUGGAAGAAAGCAGCUUAAGCUCCUAAAUCAUGGAGAAACUUAUGCGAUGAAUUCACCAAGUUUGUUGAUUAAAUUUCUACCACCUGGUCUUGAUUGGGUUGGCAAUGUUAAGAUCCACUGCCAGGAGACUAGCCUUGAAGCUGAGCUAUGUUACUCAACCAAUUCUUUCUUAGGACACAGAGGAGCCCAUUCCAUUAAAGGAAGGAUCUACCGAUCCUCUUCUAUGAAGACUCUUUAUGAGGUUAAGGGACAUUGGAACAGCAUUGUGACAGUGAAGGACACCAAUAAUGGGAAAGAGAGAGUUAUUUACAAUGCAAAAGAAGUAAUCUCAGGGUUGAAAACUCCAACAGUUAAGGAUCCUCAGGGAGUUUUGUCAAGCGAAUCAGCUGCGGUGUGGAGUGCAGUUAGUGAAGGGAUACAGAGCAAAAACUGGGAGAAAGCAAGGGAAGUAAAGAAAGCUGUUGAGGAAAAACAGAGAGAACUUGUGAAAGACAGGAAUUCAAGAGGACAAACUUGGGUUCCUAAACAUUUCAAUUUAUCUUAUACCAAGGAAGGUGGUUGGGACUGCUCACCUAUUCACACAUGGGUGCCACCAGCUCCCAUUGUUGUCCCCCUUUGAGUUGCUUUAAUCACAAUAAAUCAUCUUUUUGUUAAUUAUAUACAUCAUCUAUAUAUAAAUGGAAUUCACAUUAGAAGAUGUACCCAUGCAUCAAAAUCAACAUAGAUAGAAAUAUAUCAUUUAAGCUU